UUCUUUUCAGCUGAGUUUUAAAGUUUUCAAGAUUUUGACUAGCAAAAAACGCAGAGAAGCAGGGUUUGGAGAGAGAAAGAGAGAAGCUCUAAUCUUUUUUCUCCGAUGAAGGUACAGCCGAUUGACAUCGAUGCACGAGCGGAGAAAGAAACUGCUCCGGCUCGAGCAGAACCGGUGAAGCCGGUUCUAAAAUCUCUUCUUAAAAGAAUCUUCGAUCGGCCGUUUCCGAGCGUUCUGCGAACAUCAGCCGCGGAUAAGCCGAGUAUUGGUGAAACUCAGUUCAGCAACAAAGAUGGAGCGACCGAGUUCGAGCCGAGUUCGAUUUGUUUGGAUAAAAUGGUUCAAAAUUUCAUCGAAGAUAGCCACUACGACAAGCAACCGCCACCAGCUAAAUACGGCCGUAAUCGCUGUAAUUGCUUUAACGGAAAUAGCAACGAGAGCUCCGAUGAUGAGUAUGAUGUGUUCGGCGAGUCGUCCAACGGCGGAUCACCUCCUGUAGAUGCUUGCGAAGCACUCAAGAGUCUGGUACAAUGUGCCACCGUCGUCGAGAGAAAUCUCUUAGCUGACACGGCGAUGAUCGUUGAAAAGAACAAAAACUGUAAACGGAAAGACGAUUUGAGGAAGAUCGUGACCGACGGCUUAGUUUCUCUUGGCUAUAGCUCUUCAAUUUGCAAAUCAAAAUGGGACAAAUCUCCAUCUUUCCCCGCCGGCGAUUAUGAGUAUAUAGAUGCGGUUUUUGUGGAAGAGGGGAGAAUGUUGAUCGACGUUGAUUUCAGAUCGGAAUUUGAGAUGGCGCGAUCAACCGGGACCUACAAAGCGAUCGUCCAAUCGCUGCCGUUCAUUUUCGUCGGAAAACCUGACCGACUCGACAGGAUCGUUUCGAUCGUAUCGGAAGCGGCUAAACAGAGCUUGAAUCACAAAGGCAUGCACCUGCCUCCUUGGAGAAAAGUCGAGUACAUGCGAGCCAAAUGGCUCUCUCAAUUCAGCAGAGCCUCUUCCCAAACCGACGACGUUUCGGACAAAGCCGAUGUCAAGGAAACAAUCGAUUCCGGCGAUGGCGGAGAGCUAGAUUUGAUUUUCGGCGAGGAAGAAACAGCUUCGUCGGUGGAAGUUAACGUCGGUAAGACUUUAACGGUGACUACGUGGCAGCCGCCGGCGGUCAAACCGAAGAAUGGAGAGAGAGAAACAAAUAUCGUCACCGGUUUGGCUUCUCUUUUCAAAGAGAAACCAUUAAAAAAAUUUGUUACUAUUUUUACCGUAUUAAAAAAUUAAUUAAUAUGUAUUACAAAAAUCGUAUAAUCUAAUUUU